AUGGUUAACAGAAAUGCAGAACUCCUUGCAUCAGCACUUUCGAUUAUAACCAAUCAAACAGUCGUUUCUCACGACGAAUAUUUAAAAAAUAAAAGUAGCGGCAUUUUAUUUAAAAAUUUAGAUAAUGAUGCUUUACACAAAUCUUCAUUGGUAGGCGGUUUGGUCUCAACUGAUUUGAAUGAUUUAGCCGUAAAACCAGAUUUUAAGAUUGAUAACCUUAUGGAUGCUGAUGACGAGGAAGACAUUCCUGCUCCUCCAAAUGGAAUGCAAAUUAUUGUUAGAGUUUUAACUGGAAAGUCUAUAAAAUUUACGAGAAUGAUUUUUGCUGGCAAACAAUUAGAGGACGGACGUACUCUUAGUGAUUAUAAUAUCAUGAAAGAUUCUACACUUCAUCUUGUUUUGAGACUAAGAGGAGGAGGAGCCAUCAGUUAUAUUAUUCCAGAGGAUGCUUUAGAUCCUAAGUUUGAUUUUGAUUUUACAUCGGUUCGUGACACUGGGCUUACGUUUAUGCGUGGAAAUUUCCAAUAUAGACGUCCAUGUGGUUGGAAUAGAAUCGCACUUCAAGUGACCAAUAAAUACGAAGAUAAUAAAUGGUUAGGUGGUGUGACACAUAAAUUCAGAUACGCAUCUGAGGCUGACGAAUGGCCUGUCAGUUAUCAUGGAACUGGAACCUUUAACGGUAAAACCAUGGCACAAGAUGCUUAUGAACAUAGUGCAGGGAAGAAUUUCCCCUAUAGUACAGGAAUUUAUUCUACACCAGAUAUCAAUGUUGCAGUUCGUUAUGCCGAAAAAUUUGUUCAUAAUGGUGCUGAAUAUCGUGUCGUAUUUCAAAAUCGAGUAAAUCCUGCAACCUUAUCGAUUCUUUCUGCUGCCGACACUAAUUGUGGAGAAUUUUGGAUUUCACCUAGAGAUACUGAUGUUAGACCAUAUGGAAUGUGCACAAAAAAGAGUUAA